CACAGGCCCCCCUCACUUCCAUCAAGGAUGAUGACAAUUGACUAAAGAUCCAUCUUUAACAUGCCUGCAAACACAGGUUCGUCACCAUAGUCAUACAAAGAUGGAUGACUAAUCUGAUCAUAAUAGCCAAGGCUCAAGCUGCCAAGAAGGCCGCCCUCAAAGGUGUCCAUGGUAACAGUGUCCGUAAGAUUCGUACGUCUACCCAUUUCCACAUUCCCAAGACAUUGGUCUUGAAGCGUACUCCCAAGUAUGCUCGCAAGUCUGUUGCCCAUGCCCCUCGCAUGGAUCAAUACCGUGUAAUUCGUCAACCCCUCAACACCGAAACUGCCAUGAAGAAGAUUGAAGAACACAACACAUUAACUUUUCUUGUGGAUGUCAAGGCAAACAAGAACCAAAUCAAGGAUGCUGUCAAGCGUCUUUAUGAUGUCGAAGCUGCUCAAGUCAACACACUCAUCAGACCUGAUGGCUAUAAAAAGGCCUUUGUUCGUUUGACUGCUGAUGUUGAUGCUUUGGAUGUUGCUAAUAAGAUUGGCUUUAUUUAAACAGUUUUGCAUAAGAAUAAAAUAAUUAAUUGGAUAGUUGCACAAGAUAAAAUAGUCUUCUGUCCCCCUCCCUUUUUUUUUGUUUCG